ACGCAGCCGAUCGCGGUCCUCUUGUCGUCGCUUACAGCACUACUGCAGCAAGUAGUUCGCUUGAUCGACGCGUGUACAUACGGUCGUACAGACACGAAAAAAAAUACGAACAAAAAUAAUAUAUGGUUUUUCGAAAUCGUUGUUUUGCAUACAAAACAUAAUACAAUUAUUUCGGAUUAGUGUUACGCUAAUAUUGACUAAUUACAAUUUUUUUUUCUAUUUUUUCUCCUCCGUUCGCGUAUUUCGUUUUGAUGUACAACGGCAGUCAGUGGUGCACAAAAGUUUAUCAGAUCAGGAUUCUUUCGCAGUGCCGGGACAAAGGACUCGAGCCAGGGGACUGAGGAUACAAAGUCAAGGCGCAUAGGCUUAAUAGUUAAAAGACAGACCAUUCAACAGCAGCAUUUCGAAUAUUUAAGCAAAACAGGACGAAAAAAUAGUAGUUACCAUGCCGUCGCUUUUAGAGGCGAUCGUAGAGAAGUACGAAUGUUUUGAAGAUGAUACAUUCGAUCAGAUGCCUAUAGCAAUAUAUGUGCCACGUAAGAAUCCCAGGAAUAUGAUACCUAAUUUAUUGGUAUUAAAUGACUGUGACAUUGAUUCGGCCGGACAAGAAUCUGACUUGAGAGAUAAAUGUCAUGGUGUUGAAGAACUGGAUUUAGCUCAGAACUGUUUGUCUAGAUGGAGUGAAGUGUUCAAAAUAUUACAUAUUAUGCCGAGACUGAAAUUUGCCAACCUAAGCUUUAACAAUUUAAGUUCAGAUAUAAAUAGUGCAAUUGAGGUUUGUGACGACAAUGGAGAAACAUACCCGUGCUUGAAGAGUAUCGUACUAAAUUCAACAAAUAUUACGUGGCGCAGCUUUAGACACAUAUUGAAACGAAUACCCAUGGUCGAAGAAAUUCACUUGAGUAUGAAUAAUUACGAUGUUAUUGAUUUGGUAGACGACGAAAAUUGUCAGCAUAUUCAAAUGCCUUCAGUGAAAAGGUUACAUUUUACAGGAAACCCUGUAUCUACGUGGUCUGAAGUAUGUAAAUUAGGUCGAGCAUUUCCAAAUCUUGAAUCGUUGGUGCUUGCUGAAUGUCCUUUGCAGUCGCUCAUGACUCCACCACCUUCACCAGAUUCUCAUCUAGGCUUGUUAUCCUACCCAAGACAAGGGAGUGGAUUUUGUGAUAUGACGUUGGAUUCACCACACGAUGCAUUUACUCAUCUCAGAUUUCUAAACCUAAACAGAACCUUAAUUAGAACUUGGGACGAUGUUGACAUCCUGGGACGAUUCCCUGCAUUACGAUACCUCAGAAUACAAGGCUGCCCAAUAUUUGAAGAAAAUUCUGAAAGACAAGAAUACACCGAACACGAACGCAGACAGUUGCUAAUUGCAAGAUUAACAUGCAUACAAACCUUAAAUGGUGGAGCAGAAAUUACAGCUGAUGAUAGAGAAGAUGCUGAACGGUUUUUAAUUAGAUACUACAUGGAUAAGCCAGAAAAUGAGCGACCAGAAAGGUACAAUGAAUUGGUUCAAAUUCACGGAAAACUUGAUCCUUUAGUAAAUAUAGACUUGACUCCUGAAAGUAAAGUUCAGGUGAAGAUUAUUUGUGGUGACAAGUGUGAACAACAUAUUUUGGAUGUCUAUCAGACAGUAUCUGAACUCAAACAAAAAUUGGAAAAAUUUUCUGGUAUACCAGCACACCGUAUGCGAGUAUUUUAUAUGGAUCAACAUGUGUGUUCAGUUAUUGGUCCUGAAGAAAUGAAGUUUCCCAAUAAAAGAUUAUACAGUUACAACAUAGUUAAAGGAGAUCAAAUAAUAGUCGACUCAAAGAAAUGAAGUCUUUCACGAGUGUAUGAUAAAAAAAACUGUGAACUAUUCAGCGAUUAGUGACCUGUGAUAUAAAGAUAUUAAAUAUACUUGAAUACACAAUGUUAUGCUUAGUUUUAUAAUUUUUAAAUUAAACUUAAUUAUUAUUUUUAUACACUAGUCAGUAGAAGAGAGUACAAGUUUCCAAUGUAGGUGAUUAAAUAUUUAAAAACUAUAAUCUUAUUGUUGUAAUCUUGGAGACUUGUACUUGUUCUGCUUGAGUACACAAAAAUAUGUUUUAAUCAAAACCAAUCAAAUAUUUACAGUAUUACAUUUAAAAAAUAUGUACCAUAAAAUGUAUAUUUUUAAUUCAAGACUUAGUAUAAUUAUUUAGUUUUAUGAUUGGACUUUACUAUGUAAUACUAAUACUAGAUGUAAUUCAGUGUUUUAGAAAGAUGAAGACUCAUUUACUU